GGACAAAGAAAAAAUAUGAGUCCGUGACAGGAAUCGAACCCUUGACCUCCCAAACACUGGGCGGGUGCUCUAUCCAUAGAGCGCCUGCCUGGUUAAUAGAGCGCCCACCCGGUGUUUGGGAGGUCAUGGGUUCGAUUCCUGUCGGGGACUGAGGUUUUUUCUUUGUCCCACGCUCGUGUCAUGUUGAUCAGUUCACUUUGCGCUCAACGUAUUUGUACUCUUGCAACUCUCAGGAUCUAGACGAUUCUGCAGCUGUACCAGACCAGCUUCUAAAAUCCUCUGAAGAGCAAGAUCCAGCUACUGGAACUUCUCCACCAGGGUCAAGACCAAGCUCUGCUCAGGCUGGUCAGAACCAGCCUGGCCUUUCAGCAGUCUCGUUCACUAAGCCUACAGCAGUACUACGUGUGCGACCCCCUGCUCCAGUUGGCCCUUGUGCAGCCACUAACUGCUCUGCAGCUUUAAAAGCCACUGAUUCAGAGGGAAAUGUCAUUGGGAGUGGUUCUAAUCAUGUGUUGAUGUCGCAGUUUUUUGACAGCUGCGAUAAAACAAUCCGUCAGCUUCACAAGAACGAACUGCAGUAUCUGAAUAAAAAUGACGAGGAUCUGACAAGCUUUCCUAAAAUACAUUUCUUAACACCUGGGAGGUUAGUUCCAUCAGGAUUAGAGUCUGCACCUGGUAAGGUCAACUCCUUGUCAGUAUGGUGGUCUGGAGGAACUCAGCUAUUUAUUUAUUCACUUCUCAAGACUGCAAAAGAUCUGGAGCAUAAGCCAGACAUAGUGUGGCCUCACUCGGACAAGAUAAUCAUUAGCGCAGUUAGUGAGUGUGGCUCUUUCAUAGCCAUGGGUCUAAAAAUAGGAACAGUCGAUGUGUGGGAUGUCUAUAGAGGUACUCUUCUAAGGGUCUACCCUGUGGCCGACAAAGGACAAAUACUUGACCUUUGCUUCUUGUCCAGUGCUGUUGUUCUUGUCAACACAGAAGCUAAUGGAUCAUUAACGUCAGUGUCAUCAUCUCUUACAAACUUGAUCGUGAGUUGCGAUGACGGAACAUUUUGUCUUCUGCAAUGUGGAGUUGCUCAGUCGCUUCCAGCAAAACCUCUUGUUGACAGAUCAGCCCUUGAUACUGAAGUGAUCACUAAGGUUGUCACAAUGUGCCAAACACCACAAGUGAGAGACUGUGCAGCAGUAGAAUCCGGAAGUUAG